AUGCCGAGAUUGACAGCGCAGCAGCGAGAAAGAGCAUUGGGAAUGUUGGAGAUGGGCGCCACUCACGACCACGUCGCUCAAACCCUCGGCUGUCACCGCGUAACAGUGUCCAGACUCGUCCAACGAUAUCGACAGACUGGCCAGACUACUGAUAGACCCAGAACUGGCCGACCCAGGGUUACAACACCACGCGAGGACCGGUACCUGCGCACAUUGCACUUGCGCAACCGUUUCCUGACGGUGACGUCAUCGGCGGCGUUGGCGUUAGGUCGUCGUGUCAGUCGACACACAGUGACCAGGCGGCUUAGAGCUUUUGGCAUCAGGGCUUACAGACCGUUCCGGGGACAGCGGCUGACCCAGGCACAUCGACAGAGACGACUGGAGUGGGAGGUCGUUCCCUAUGGAAUGGGAAGUGUGAUGGUGUGGGGAGGCAUUUGUGGAGAACAAAAGACGCCACUGGUCAUCGUCAAUGGCAACCUGACGGCCAGACGCACUUGUGGGACGCUCUUGAUCGUCGUGUUCGGCGCCGUCAACAUCCCCCAACAAACCGUCAAGAACUCGCUGACACCCUCCAAGAAGAAUGGCGGAACAUUCCACCUGCUGACGUCAGACGACUGA